CUCUCUCUGCCCCCUGCCCGCGCUCCAGGUUAGCUUUAUACGUCUACGAGUAUUUACUGCACGUCGGAGCACAGAAAUCUGCACAGACCUUCUUGUCAGAGCGUAUUUUGGGACCUUUACUGUGCAGCUCCUGAAAGGCGAGACACUUGUGAACAUUCAAGUGAAGCAAAAGCCUUUCAUGAUUACAGUGCAGCAGCAGCCCCAAGCCCGGUGCUUGGCAACAUUCCCCCCAAUGAUGGGAUGCCUGGAGGCCCCAUCCCACCGGGUUUCUUUCAGGGUCCUCCGGGGUCACAGCCCUCGCCGCACGCACAGCCUCCACCCCACAAUCCCAGCAGCAUGAUGGGACCCCACAGUCAGCCUUUUAUGUCACCGCGAUACGCAGGCGGCCCCAGGCCCCCGAUCAGAAUGGGAAACCAGCCUCCGGGAGGAGUUCCUGGGACACAGCCACUGCUGCCCAAUUCCAUGGACCCCACACGACAGCAAGGGCACCCCAACAUGGGAGGAUCAAUGCAGAGAAUGAACCCUCCCCGAGGCAUGGGACCUAUGGGUCCCGGCCCACAGACUGACCCUUGGUUAUCGUUGCAGAAUUACGGCAGCGGCAUGAGACCACCACCCAACUCCCUCGGCCCCGCCAUGCCCGGGAUUAACAUGGGCCCGGGAGCUGGCAGACCCUGGCCCAAUCCUAACAGUGCUAACUCAAUUCCAUACUCCUCCUCAUCACCCGGUACCUACGUGGGACCUCCUGGCGGUGGUGGCCCCCCAGGAACACCCAUCAUGCCUAGUCCUGCAGAUUCAACAAAUUCCAGUGACAACAUCUACACAAUGAUUAAUCCGGUGCCGCCUGGAGGCAGCCGGUCCAACUUCCCAAUGGGUCCAGGCUCCGACGGCCCGAUGGGAGGCAUGGGCGGCAUGGAGCCCCACCACAUGAACGGAUCGUUAGGGUCAGGUGACAUAGAUGGACUUCCAAAAAAUUCUCCUAACAACAUAAGUGGCAUUAGCAAUCCUCCAGGCACCCCGCGAGACGACGGCGAGCUGGGAGGGAACUUCCUCCACUCCUUCCAGAACGACAAUUAUUCUCCAAGCAUGACGAUGAGUGUGUGACCCUCCUCUUCUCCGAGAUGCUGAGAGAGCCGGCAUUGCAGGCAGGAAGAUGCCAGAAAUUAUGCAAGAAGAAGUGAGGUGUCAUUGCCCAGGCGCUGGGGGAGGGGCACCUCCGCUCCCCCUCCACCCUGCCCUCUCCACUCCCCCACCUUUCCCAAUUUUAGUUUCAUGCAAUAAAAAGGCCGAACUUUUUAUUCCAUAAAACAUGAAGGACAAAACUCAAAAUAAAAAUAUAUUUCAAGUCAUUGACCAGAAAAAUCCCACCCCUUGCCCUUCCCAAAAGGAUCUUUUAUGUACAUGACACUUUUUUGUUGUCUUUUGUUUGGGUUUUGCCAUUGUUGGGAUUUUUUUUUAUUUGUUUUCUGGGGUUGGGGUUGGGGGGGGGGAUUUUUAAAAAAGGAAGCUUCUAGCAAACCCCCACCCCAUUUCACCCCAACCAACCUCUUUGCUUUCUUCUUUAAAAAAAAAAAAAAGGACAAAGGACAAAAAACCCCCACCAAGCCCUGCUGUCUGUACCCAAGCCCUUCCACCGGAGAGCUAGUCUCAGUGUGCGAUCUCACGCUGUCUUUGUAGCCACCUAAGAAUAAUAAUGAUGAUAAUGAUAAUAAUAAACUGGGCCGUUUACAAUCAGUGGUUUCUUUCCAAGGGCCUUUUUUGGAAAGCAAAUGGAAGUCGCCCUUUUCCAUUAGAGGGUUUUGGCUUGUGCAGAUGGGCAAGGGAGGGGCGGGGACUGUUUUGUUUUUUUGCUUAGUUUUCUCCUGGGCAAGGUGGCAACAGCAGCUGCACAGCUUGGACCCCAGAAUGUCCCCCACCCCGUUAUGUGGCCGGAGGGCCAGGCCGCCUGGUUCAGGCUUCAGGACUCCACCAGGCGGAGACUCGCUGGAGACUCGCUGCAGCCAGUGGUGGCGUGCACUGUGUUCCCAGGACUGCUCCUCCAGGGACCCCCCUGCAGCCCCGCCUCGGCCCCCACCCGUUUUCCCAGCGAGAAGCCUGCCAGCUGGGUGGUGGUCUGGAGCGAGUGGGGAGCCCACCCCCGACAGGAUGGCUGUGAUUGGGACAUGAAACUGACCUCCGUCCUCGUCCCCUGGCCCUCGCGUCCUCGGUGUGCUGGCAGUGUAGCGCUGGAGUUUGGGGUUUUUUUUUUCUGUUGAUUCUUCCUCCUUUUUCAAAGACGGGAUAUUGACCAGAACUGCUCUGCAUAUGCUUGGAACUGAAUGGAAAGACUUUGGAAUAGCUGUGGGGGUGGGGGGACACCAGCCACCAAACAGACGCGCUGUUUCCGGUCCUGUUUUUAUUUUUAAAAACCGACACGUGACAGUGGAGCCUGUCCCCUCCCAGGAGGGGUGACUCGGCCUCCCUCACCUCAGCACCCCCCGGAAACCUCUGUGUCUGGCCCCGGAGACACCCGAAUUCUUUGUACAUUUACUCCCCGCCCCCUCCCCGUAGCUGGUCUUUGUUUCUCCCCUUUCUGAUCCAUGUAUAUCAUAUUAUGUGAGAUAUCAUCUGCCUGAAAAAAGACCUUGUGCGGAUUAUUGGGAACAUUGUAGCUGUUUCUGUGUUUUUUCUUACCUUGUAGUCUGGUUCUGAAUUAAGAGAGGAAAAAAAAAAGUAAUUAUGAUACAUUGUAGUUUGUGUACGAUAUAUGUUGAUAACGUUUUAUUAAAGGGACAUCUUUUUUCCGCA